CUUUGAGAGACAAACACACCCUGAUAACUGAUUUUAAGGGUAGCAUGUGGGUUGUACUUUCAGAGGUAGGCUGUGUGGCCGGGUCAGACACAUCAACAUAGCUAUACAGACACACUCACCUCAUCAUCACUCAGCAGGCGCUGUUUAGAGAACUCUAACAUCUGUAGCUGCAUUGUAGUCUGAUUGUAGUACCUCACCGCCUCCUGCAGCACAGACAAACAGAAGUCAGGUAAGUCCAAUGACAUGAAAUGAUUAGUUUGAUCAAUUCUUAUAUUUGUAUCUCUCUCAUAUCUGCGUUGAUUUCCAUUCAAAGUUACCAUAUGCAGCAAAGUAGCCCAGCUUAACUCAAAUUCUCAGACUGGGGAAAAGAGCCUGCCUGAUUUUUGUCCAGUUACAGUCUGAACACUGUGCCAAAAUGCAAGCGCCUAACCCCUGAGAAAUUCCCCCUUCUUAUUUCUUUAACUUGCAUUUAAGUUUCAAGAAACACAAAUUAGCGAAUCUGACCCUAAAUAGUAAAAGACUGGCAAAGUAGUAUGUUGAACAAGAACCAUCUGUACUCUCAGAUAUAUUUUUUCAGUGAACCAUUUGUGGCACUAAGCAAUGAAUAUUGAUAUAUGGCUGAUUGUUAGUGCAAUUUGUGUUUGCAGCAAAACUCUAUAACAUUUAAUAAACUUGAAAAACAAAUGAAAAUAAAUCUUUAAGAGACAUUUGCACCUAUUGUUCAUAAAAUUCAUAUAAUAAAGCAAGAUUGGCUUAAUUUACUCUCAAACUUAAAUGUUUUUAUGAUUGAAUUCUGCAUUUAGAUUGGUACAUUGUGACAAAUAAAAAAAUGUAAACAUGCUAUAAUAAGUAAUUUCCUGAUUUAGACAUAGGAUCUUCAUCAUGUAUCAGUAUAUGUAUAUUUGUUAUCUUUAUACAAAUGAACCUUAAAUUAAGUUAUCUGCAUUAUUAAGUUGGUCACAGUUCUAGUUUGUUUUAUAUCAUCUGGUUUAAAUUUUUAAUGAUGAUAAUAAAGCGCCUUUCAAAGACCCCAGGGUCACUUUAUAAAUUGUAACAAUAGUAAACAAAAGAUAGAAAGGUUACAUUAAACUGUAUAUAACUUAAAUAAAAAUAAAAUAAAGGUUAACAGACUUUGAUGGUUGAAAAAGAUUUGGGGGUGGGAUUGGGGAGCAGAGUAAUUCGAAGUUGUAGGCUGUGAUGAACAGGUGGAGUAUUUUGAAAGUAGUAAGAGAUGGGACAUUUUAGAUGUCUGAGGUGAGGUUGUUCCAGUGAGUGGGGGCUGUGGCCCUGUAAUCCUGGCCUCCAAAUGUACGGAGUCUGGAUUUUGGGAUGAAGAGAAGGCCGGUGUCUGAAGACCAGAGGUUCCAGGAAGGGGUGAAUGGGUGAAGGAGGUCAGGUAGAUACUGAGGGGUGAGGUCGUGGAAGCCUUUAUAGGUGAGGAGUAGCAUUUUGUUGGGGUUUUAUUGGGAGCCAGUGAAGGUGGAUGAGGGUUGAGGUGAUGUGCUGCCAGGGCUUGAUAAGGGUGAAAACCCUGGCAGCUAAGUUCUGGACAUACUGGAGCCCGUUCAGGGACUUGCUGGGUACCUCAGACAGAACUCCAUUGCAGUAAUCAAGGCAGGAGGUGAUGAAAGCAUGAAUGAAGGUUUAAGCAAUGGAGUCUAGAGUGAUGGAGUUGAUGUGGGAGUGGAAGGAGAGGGUGAAGUCCAUGAUGAGACCUAGGUUGUGCAAGAUGUCCUAACUUUUAAAAUUUGAUUAAAAAUAGAAAUAAGUAAUGGAUUAUGAAACUUGAUUGCCUCGUGUUACGCUAGCUGUGAUUAGUCACAGUGUCCAAAAGCAUUUAGCUUAAAACGACCCUUUUUGGGGCCUCUAUGUCCAAAGGUAGUUAUAUUAAACCUCCUGGCUUCUCUCAUGACCAGUUAUGUCUUUUUUGGGGUCAGCAGUAGCUCAAAAGUAAAACGGUCAUCCCGCAACUGGAAGGUUGGGGUUUGAUUCCCCAUCCUUAGUCUGUCCGUUGUGUCCUUGGGCAAGACACUUUAUCCACCUUGCUCCCGGUGUGUGUCCUCUACUGGUGUGUGAUUGUGAAUGAUGUUUGGUGGUGGUCAGAGCUGUUGGUGCAGAUUGGCAGCCAUGUUUCCGUCAGUCUGCCCCAGAGCAGCUGUGACUACUAAAGCAGUUUACCACCACCGGGUGUGACUGUGUGAGUGAAUGAAUGAUGUAUCCAAUGUAAAGCGCUUUGAGGGUAACUAUAAGCUAUAUAAAAUCUGAUAAAUUAUUAUUAUUUUGUUUUUCUCAAAACUGAAAAGACCAGUUGAACUACCAGUUGUGGUUUUAUGGGGUGCUUGGGCAGUGCUUUUAUUUGAUUUGCUAUUUUCUUAUUAGAAAGUUUCAACACUCCUCCAGUCUUUUAUUCCAAAGACUUUUGGCAAGCUAAGCCAACUGACUUCUCCAAAUUAACCUCACGGAUAUUAGAGUGGUUGUGAUCUUCUAUUUAACUCUCAGCAAGAAAACAAUUGUGCAUGUGUUGAAUAUGUGAAUGUGGCAGCUCUAACAGGGAAAAUAUCUACAAACUUCAGCAAAUGUGCUCUUGGUGUUGAAGUUUAAAAGCUUAAUUGAACAUUUCUGUGACUUUUUUGACAAUGAGGCUGUUUCAAUCUGACUCCAAACCUCAGACAGAAACUGUUUGUUCUUAAGUGUGCGCGUAACGUUUAGGAUCAUAAACAUGUCUUACAGGUCUCGGUAGGAAGUCCUCCUCUUCAAGCCCCCACUGUUUUUUGUGGAACUGGUAAUAAGCCACGUUAUUCUUCAUAACCUCAUCACUGGGGUCAAAGAGCAUGUAGCUUGCUGCACAUGGUACUGCAUUCUUCAGGUCAUUCACUGAAAACACAAACGUUACAGCAAAUCAGAGAUUUUCCCCCACAAGUUUGAACCUGCAGAAGAUUACACUUUUCAGGUUUGUGGCUCCAUUUCAAAAAUGGUCUAAAAUGAUCAAACAUAGCUUGCAGAAAACGAUUUUGCGGGACAAAGUGCUGCUUACAUUUGUAGUAGGCAAACUGCAGGUAGUGGUACAUAGUGGCUACAAACUUCUCGACAACAAAACCCCCUACAACGGGCGUCAAGUCACUUUCACACCUCACUUUCCUUUCCAGAACCUCUAUGUAGUGAUCUGUGGAGGGAUGAAAACAAAGGGACAGUGAGAAAUACAUGUGAGAGAGAGGAUUAACUUCACAGGUGCAGAAGCAGCAGGAGGAAGUAUUAGCUAACCUGCGAUGGAGGGGUAAAAGUCUUUGAAGUCUCUGAUGUCUCUGGGACCCUCAGACGCAGCCAGACAUUCAUCGUAGACCUUGAAAAAGUCCCGAAGAGCCAGCUCCAUGUCUGACACAGAAGUACGGAAGUUUUCUCCAUUAUACGCCCUCACUGAACGCACAAACAAGGUCUGUAAUAACACAGAAAAAAGGAGAGGAAAAGGUCAGUCAUGUUAUGUUCACUUUCAGUUUGACAGAAAUGCACAAGUAUUACACAGUGAUUCUUAUUUAAGCCAAUAUCUAAUGUGAGGAAGAUUUCAUUUUGGGCAGGUCAAAAAACUUAAAGUGGUUUAAGAGUUGCAGCUUUGAGUCCUGUUUGUUGAAUGGAUCCAAUUAGACUCCAUCAUAAUCCACAAUAGGUCACCAGGGUCUAUUUGGGGAACCACUUGAGACUGCAUAAGACUCUUCCCAUGAUGUUACUUUGCUUGGCUGGUUGACCACAGGCUGCUACCACAUCAGCAGACCCACAGAUCCAAUAAUAGCCCCAUCUGUGUGUGUGUGCACAAAGCCGCGGACAUGGGUGGGACUCAUCUGUACAACUACACUUUCUACGCUUAGUAGUAACUUUUCUUUGUGUCUGUAGGAGGCUAAACAAAAAGGAUGAGAUUUUGAGAACGUGGUUACCUCAUAGGACUUAGUUUCGAGGUCUUUGAGGUGGUCUUCAGCUCCAGGCAGGCUCUUGUAGUACGCCAUGUUUUUCUGCAUCAUCUCGUCAUCUGGGUGUCGGAGCAGGAAGGUGUGAGCUGCAGACACUGCCUUAGCUAGGUUAUCAGACUGGGAGAAAAAUAACACAAGCACAUAAAGUAAAGUGAUUUUCUGCUCAUGCAACUGUUUGCUUUUGUGUAUCAUAAAACAACAUUAAUGUGGAUUACAGCCUGUUUCAAGAACAUGAAAAAACUCCCUCUGGUCACUUUAACAAUAUAGAAAAACAAAAACAAUAACAUCUUUUUGUGAUGUUAGAAAUUAAUCCUUUUAAAAAUACUUAAUUCAUGUCACAUUACAUCUUUAUUCCCCUAAUCUUUAUGACUUUAUUCUUAAAAUCUUAAAGUAUUCUUAAACUUAUUACAACUCUUUAUAAUAAUGCACAUGCAAAUGAAUGAAUCAAAGCCACUCCAGAGUUCUUACAGGUCAUAAUUGAAUCCUUUGAAUUAACUUUCUGUUUACAUGCAAACUGGUUGCUGUUUGAAACCUUUAAAGAGCUGAGACUGGCCAUUUUGAUUACCCUUACGUGUCUUUGAAAGGGAAGCAUGUAUGCGUAAAUGCUCAGGACCUGCUCUCUGGCACAGUUAAAGGAACCCCCUGUGCAUCCGUGGCACGUUGGUGACGCCAGGACGCAUUUCAGGACUGUCACAAGUGACGUAAAAAUAGAAACUCUUGGUGCACUGAUAUCCACAUUCAAAACGGAGUACACCAUCACCAUAGACUGGUAAUUCUCAGAAAUCAUAGACGCAUUAUUGCCUGGUUUUUGAAAUUCGGAGCAGGCCUUUACCCUCACCUCUUACAUGAACUCACCUUGAAGUAGGCAUACUGCAGGUAUUUGUACGGCUCCCUCUUCUCAAACUCGUCUAUGGUUUCUCGGCUCGGCAUGGUUUGUCUGAAAGCGGGCAGACCCUGUUUGCAGCGCUUCAGGCACUGCGCCCUCUUCAUCACGUUCCCAAACGCCCUCAGCUCUGGAAACUCCGAGAACUUCUCCUCGUUGUCCAGCCUCACGGCGCUGCAGUUGAGGUUGCAGAAGGCCUCGCUGUCCCGAAGCAGCCGGUAGAGCCGCAGAGACACCUCCAUAUACUCCACCGUCUCCUUCCACUUCUCCCCGGUGUACUGGUCCAGCGCGUAUUUGUACGCGGACUCCAGAGGCAUCAGCUCGUUCCUGGGGAAGCUCCUGAAGCUGUAUUUCUCAUACUGAGAGUCCACGACUGAGGCGAAAAACGCGAUUAGAAGCACUCCGAAAAGUUGUGAAGAAGCAGAAGUAGACAUUUUUGGAAAGUUUUGUGAAGGGUGAAGGGGGCUUGCUGGGGUGAACUCAGGCCGGAGGUGUUCCUGGGUCUUUAGGACCGCCUCUAGUUGUACCACGUAUCCGGACAAAAGUUCCCCUCCCCCGGGCACAGAUUCUGCAGCUGGUGGGGGCUGCUGGAGCUGCUCCUCCCACUAUCUCAAACAAGUAAAUCAGUGCUGUUGUUCUGCUCUUUUACAAGCCAAGUGACUGACAAACUUUUGAAAACUUUAAACACAACUGAGAGAAAAAUCUCUGCACUGCAUUUGAGCCGCUGGUGUUUUUCUUUGCUGCUUCUCUAAUCUUAAAAAAAAGUGUGCAAUUUCAUGAAAUGUUCAAACUUGUUUGCCUGACAGCCACUAAUUAAACUUUGGGUGAGAGUGGGGUGUUCCUCUCCCUCCCACUGCCACGUAGAGACAUUCCUGCCCCCCUCUAAAGCCCUGAAUCCCACAAACAUAACAGCAUGACCGUAUAACAUUUUGUUACAGCAAACUUUUGUCCUUAUGUGACCAUAAUUAAAAUCUGACCCAAAUGCAGAGGCCUGUCCAGAUAUGUGUUUUGCAUUACUCUGAUUUUUGAAGAGAUCCAGAGGGAGGAUAAGUCUGCAGCUGCGUGGAGACCCUUACGUUACCACGUUGACACAUCUGAGAGGCUUCACUGCGCAAGAGCAAUACGUGGUGCCCAAAACUAUCCCAUUCAAUCUCAAUGCGUGUCAAUUCAGUGAGAAAUAAAGGAGAUAAAACCGGAAGUUAGCUCUAUAUUGACAAAAUAAAAGCAUUCUUGUAAGAUAAAAGUUUAUUUGCUCGAUCUGCUUGACAUAUCGACAGAAGUUUGGAUGACCGAGUUCACAUUUAUUAACGAUUGAUCAUAAAAGAAACGUUAAACAAAGGGAAUAAGUGGAUUUCUUUUGUUAGUUUUUAACCGGAUCUUCGUGGGUUUUGUUUAACUUGACGUUCCUGCUCCAGGACAGGGGGGCAGGACUUUUACCAAAGUCAGAAUAAAGGAAACCAAACUUGCAGGGAACAGGGAGGCAGCGCGUACACAGACUCAGGCCGAGCCUACAGUCAUCCUAUCUGCAUCGUUUGAUAGUUUAAAGCUCGUGAAAAUGAUCCAGUACAUGCAGGGUAUGUUGUUUCUCUCUGUUCUGGUGGCUUUUGCCGCCUGCAACGCUCCUCCGGUCCCGUUAGACGACAUCUUCAUUGAGAAAACCUUCGUGCCAGAGCAGUGUGUGCGCGCAGUCAAAGUUGGGGAUUAUGUGAGGUAUCACUACAAUGGCAUGUUUCCUGACGGCAAGAAGUUCGACUCCAGGUGAGAAUCGCGCAAAAUCAGAUUAUUAUGUUUUUUUGUUGGCUCACAGUGAAGAGCAGACCGGGUUCACGGUGCGAACAGCGUGCGUGAUGCGUAAUUGUGCGCGCUAGGUGGUGAGCCACGCAGGCAAGCAGGCUGACUGAGCUCUGGAUUCUUAUAGCCUAAAUCUUUGAGCUCCAAAAGCUUUUACGGAUUGGACUAAAGAACCCUUAGGUUGUCAGAAUCAGAGUUUUUGGAGUCUAAACUUGAUAGUAGAAUUUUUGCUAUCAUUAAAUCUCACAAUUCACGGAAACCUGUGGACUAAGUCUUCAUGAUGAGGGGUUAAUUUAUUGAUAUCCCUGGACUCUUCCUUUGGGGAACCCUCGACCCAGAUUCACUUGGUUUAUAGUAGUUAUAGUUAACCGUGCAACAUAGCAGACUUACCAUGCUCUCCAGAUUCCCAUGGGGGCAAAAGCUAAAAAUCCAUGAAGUGUCACUUAUUUAUUAAUUUAUUUAAUUAGAUUUUUAGUUAAUUUAUUUUUUUUAUUUAAUUAGUUAGGAGUUUUGUUGGGUUAUGAAACAGUCUGAAAUGAAAAUUAAUGUUUCUGUAUGAUGUAAAAAAAAAAGCAAAUUGACAGACCACGAAUUAACAAGAUUGGCCAUUGAGGGAUCAAUUUCACUGUGAAAAGACACAAGGGGAAGAUUUUUUAUCAACAUCCUGACAUGGACAAGAUGAAAUCAACAAAGAUACAAAGAUUACAACUUUGACCACAGGGGGCGCCAAAGUGAUCACAGACCAAAAAUUCCUCAAGGGAGGUUUAACUUAUAAAAUGGGCAUUUAUAAAAAAAAAAAACCCUCUAAAAACCAGUAUCAUUAAAGCUCCUAUUUUUUUUCAUAAGAGACACUAUUUAAGCCUGAAAACUACAAGAUAGGCUAAAACUGCUUUGUCCACAGGGGGCACCAAAAUUAACACAAAUCAAAAGUUCCUCACAGGAGCUUUAACUAGGCUUUUACUUUGACUGCAGGCCCAAGUCCACCCCCUGUGGACAAAGUAGUCUUUGUUUAUCUAUUCCUUUAAGCAGUCUCUCUUCAGUCAUAUUCAUCAUUGAUGUGACUACUUUAUGUGGACUGUUUCUUUAGGUGCUUGGCUGACACCUACCUCACAGCACUGGUUUGAGGCAUUCAAAAUUGCAACAUAAGAAUUGCUGAUCAAGUUGGUGAAGGUCUUGUUUGCUUUUGUUUAUCACAAAAGGCAUCAGGAUGGAUUCCAGCCUAUUUCAUGAACAUCAAAGAAAUCCUCACAGGAGCUUUAAGUUCCCAGCUCUUCAACACAAUCUUAGGCGCUGAUCAGCAACCCAAAUGAUUUUCCUUGCCAGAUGAGUCACCAAAAUAAGAUAAGAGUUUAACUUUCCCUCAUCUUUUUCAGUUACGACCGUGGCAGCAGUUACAACGUGUUUGUGGGGAAGAAGCAGCUGAUCGAGGGGAUGGACAAAGCCCUGGUGGGGAUGUGUGUUAACGAGAGACGACUGGUCAAGAUCCCGCCCCACCUUGCUUAUGGAAAGCGAGGAUAUGGUGUGUAUAUCUAAGCUGUUUCUCCCCCGGUUGUUAUCAUUAUAAUUGGUGUGGAACAGCUGGGACAGAAAGAAACACCUUCUGUGUGAAAUUGGAGGACAGGCUGAUGUUUAUUCCUCCUGAGAGUCAUUAUAAAUACUCAGAUGAGUGAGCACAUAGCUGGCAGAGCUCACGAUAACAGAGAGAGGCUUUGGUCAGACGCUGGCAGGAGUAUAAGGGACAGAAAUGACAGACCCAGAAAAGUAUUGUGUUGAUCUGGAGUCAGCUGGAGUAGAGAGGAAGUGGGCUGCACCCUUUCGUCCAUGUUGAAUGAUGUCAGAGACACAUCAUAGACCAGGAAGCGGGACUAAGGAAGCUGGUCUGGAUCACGAUUUUCAGCUUUUAACCAUACAAUCCUUGGAUAACAGAUUUUCAGAUUUUUAACAAUUCAAGGUUGUAGAAAACCUUGAAAAUAAAAGAAGACUCUUUGUUUACAUGUUCAGAACAGUUUGUCACUGUGUUUGUGUGCACAUGAGUGUGUGUGUGUGUUAAAUAGUUAGAUAAUGGGAGGGACAGGGGGGCAUGUGUGGACAGGUAAAAGCCGAGGCUGUGUCAUCAGAGAGAAAGAAGAAAACAGAUAAUGGGAAGGAGCCAGGAAGAGACUUGCCAGCUCAUCAGAAGUUAGGAAUUAAUGGCUGCCACCCACCCACCCACCCAAUCCUCCUCCUCCUCCUCCUCUCGUUGUCCCCUGUACUCUUAAUGAUCUCCUAAAAACUCCAAAAGCAAAUCCACAUGCUUACUGUCAACGAGGGAUAACAGUUUUUACCAUUUUACAGCUAGAAAUAGUGAGUGAGUAAUAGAUGACUCAUGCACGUAUUUGCAAACAUAGCAGACAUAGCUGUAGUCACCAGGAUCAGAUGUUGUAGAGUUAAAAUAGUGCAGACCGCACUGAGGACACCACAUAUCUGUACAAUGUUUGAAUCAAGACUUUUUAUACCAAAGUUGAGAGCAUUCAUCUAUUAGUUUUUCACUAAUUCAAGAGCUUGUUUGUUAGUUCAAAUUCCAGAGAUGUCCACUAAAAGCACUUGAAUUGUUAAAGCUCCUAAAAGCAGCAGCUCAACUGUUGUCUCCUAGUUAGACUUUUAACAAAGGAUCAAAUGAGAAUAAGCAGGGAAAGCACAAAUAUGUGUAAUAAUAGGCUGAGAUAGAAAGCAAAAAAGUAGAAAAAGAAAGAUAAAUCUGUGUUCACUAACAAAUCAGAUUAAGUGUUUGAAAUUUGGAUGCUUGAGAAACUGAAAUGUGGGAAUACUUUGCGCUUGUACUCCAAAAAUGACUUAUCAAGUUUUUUCCCCUACACCAAACAACGGGUUAUAUUUUAUAGAAGAAAAAAAAUUCAACUGAUCCAAAUGUAACACUAAUAAUUGGACUUUUUACACCCCCAGCAUUUGCAGGGUAAAAAACAGCAACUCAAUCUCGGGUGUUUUUGACUGCACAGCUGAUUGGUUUUAGGACUAAUUAAACCUUUUCAGUCUCUAUUACAUUCAACAUUUAUUCAUCAUUGCAAAAUUAUAUAAAUGCAAUGAAUAAACAGAGGUGGAAUUAUCUGAAAGGAUUACCAAAAGCCUCGUGACAUACAUGCCCACCCCACCAGCGUGGCUAAAGCCUGACAGGCAGAUAUCAAGAGCGAAAAGGGUGCCUUAAACAGGAGAGCAGAGUGACCACGGCUUUGGAGUGAACUUUCCCCCCUCUCCUCCUCAGGUGAUAUCAUCCCCCCAGACUCCAUCCUCCACUUUGAUGUCUUGCUGCUCGACGUGUGGAACCCAGAGGAUGGUGUCCAGAUCAACACAUACCACACGCCCACCAUCUGCGCCAGAAAGGUGGAGGUGUCUGACUUCAUCCGCUACCACUACAACGGCACCUUACUGGACGGGACACUUUUUGACUCCAGGUUUGUGAUCUUCAGGAAUGUAUUACUUGUAGACAAAAAUUACAGACAUAAACAUCUGUAACCUUGCUCCUCCUCCCUCUGCUGCAGCCACACCCGCAUGCGCACCUACGACACCUAUGUUGGGAUUGGUUGGCUGAUUGCAGGGAUGGAUCAGGGCCUUUUGGGUAUGUGUGUCGGGGAGAGGCGCAUCAUCACUAUGCCACCGUCCCUUGGAUAUGGAGAGAAUGGAGAUGGUGAGUUUUAUGUAUUUCUUCAGUAUAUAGUACAUCCCCUGAGUGUCAUGACUCUUCUUGAGCUUCCUCCCCUCUUAGAUUAAAACAAAGAAAACAACAUGUCAUAGUUUUUAUCAUAAUGACCGAUACUCCUGUUUUUUGGCUUAUCCUCCUCUUUUUCUGCACUCAUCCCUGCCGCCACUUUAUCUUUCAUAUAUUUUCCUUUUUCGUCCAUCAGGUAGUGACAUACCAGGACAGGCAUCUCUGGUUUUUGAUGUUGUACUUUUGGACCUUCACAACCCCAGAGAUGGGAUCACAGUGACCAAUCAGGAGGUGCCAGAGUCCUGUACGAGGAAGACUGUCGCUGGAGACUUCAUACGCUACCACUACAACGGCAGCCUCCUGGAUGGGACGUUUUUUGACUCAAGGUGUGUGUGAAUUUGUUUUCUUGUUAACCACACAAACUGAUGCAGAGCCCAUGUUGAGAUCAACACCUUCAUCAUCAUCAUCAUCAUCAUCAUCAUCAGUCUUUAUUUGUUAAGGGCUCGAUUUCAUGGAAACAGGAAUGUGCGCACUGAGGAAACGCCAUUUUAAAAUUGAAGAUAAGGAAACACUGGAGGUUUAGGUUAAAAUCUAAAAACAAAGUGACAUAAAAAGAAAUUUAAGAAAUAAUAAAAUGAAAUAAAAACAACAGUAAAAGAUACUAAAAUAAGAGCACCAAAAUAGCUCAAUAAAAGCCAAUCCUGUCAUCAAAAAUAGAAAGAGAUAAAUGCUAAAACACUUAAACAAAGUCGUUGAUAUAAAAUUUAGUUAAAAAAAAGACUAAAAAGGUACAUUUUGAGUCUGGUUUUAAAAUCAUGAAGAUAAGGUGCAGUCCUCAGGUAUUCAGGUAGGCUGUUCCAUAGAAGGAGCCGUAGUAAUGAAAAGAUACCUCACUGUAUGUCUUAGUUUUAACUUGAGGUAAUGUUAACAGAGAACUGCCUGAAGACCUGAGGGCUCGACCUGGCUCAUAAGGUAAAAGCAGAUCAGAUUAAUGAGAUAGGCCAAAGCCAUCAAGAGCUUUAAAAACCAUUAAAGCAACGUUAAAAUCUAUUCUGUCUAUUGUUCCUCAAGUGCCCUCUAGGUGGCAGCAUCUGCCUUUGUGUGAGGACGCACUGAGAGAGGACUUGAAACUGGAGGAAAUUCAGUUUCAUUUCUUGAGAAAAGAACUUUAUAAAACUGCGUCCUCUGAUUGGAUUCUCGACUUGAUAACAUGGCUGUGUUAUUGUCUGAGAGAAUGUCUAAAGUCACUCUAGAAAAUUAAAGAAAUAUCACUUUUCAUUUAACUUUAAAAAGUAUGACCAAAAGUAUAAAUGUGUGGAAUCCUUUUAAACUCUUCAUAAUAAGUUCAUAUGUAUCCUGAUUUGAAGCCUGCCCUUCUUCACACAAAAUGUAACAUCUAGUGAUUUAGGGAUUUGUUUCCCCUUCUUGCACUAAGAAAGGCUUCUGAUGUGUGACGUGUUCUAGGGAGUAGAAGACCAAACAGUUGGUCUUAUCUAGCAGCUGGUACUCUGUGUGAGAAGAUGUUUCUCUUCAUUUCUGGUGUGAAAUUGUGAAUUUUGAUUCUUUGGUUGACCCUACAGAUGCUAUAACUGAGAAUCUACAUUAUCCGUCCUUUAGCUGAAUUCUCUGAAAUAUAUUCACAAAGACAAACUACAUGGGUAAAGAGACUGGAGUUCAUCGCUGAUGAUUUCUAUUCCACUCUUGUGCAAAUAGUGCUGCUAACAUAUUUUUGUUGUUGUUUCAGCUCUAAAACUUUCCCCUACAGAGUGGAUGGAAGGUUUCAGUUCACUUUUUUGAAAGAUUUCUCAACCUUUCCAGCUUCUGCUGAUUAAUUAGACAGAAAACAUAGUGACCUUCAGAUUAUUUUCAGAAACUUUUUAAUCUGUGUGCAGACACCAAAAACGAGACGCAGUGUCCUUACACCACAAGCACUCUCUACUUUACAAUCACCCAUGCAUUAGACUAUAAUCAGCAACAGCAGCUGCAUAUCAAACUGUUAAACUCUGUCGUUUUGACUUAUCUUGUGUCUAACAUUGAAAUUUUGCCAGUAAAGUGACAAAAAUGUCUGAUAGGAGGUUUAUUUUUAUCUUUUCUGAACAGGUUAGAGUGUCCUGGGGAAGGGGUCAUAAUGUACUUUUGGUUAAUGACCUCAAAGCUGCAUCGAUUAAAACACACACUGAUCUGAACAGAGGAAAGAUAUGCACUUAGUCAAUCAGACAACAGAUUAUUACAAAACUGUAAAACUCUACCACGGUUUUAAAGUUUGUCGAGAGUUAACUAUCAGAAAAAUAAACUUUAUGUAAAGUUCUUGAUCUAACUUUGAUUUUUCUCUCUUCUGUGUAGCAGUGAAAUGAAACUUCUACUGCUUCUAUUUUUGCUCCACAGCUAUUCCCGUAAUCGUACCUAUGACACCUACAUAGGUCAAGGAUACGUGAUCACUGGGAUGGACGAGGGUCUGAUUGGAGUCUGUGUAGGUGAGAAACGAACCAUCACCAUCCCCCCACAUCUGGCCUAUGGAGAGGAGGGUACAGGUAUGUGUUUAAUGCCCUUAUCUAAGUUACUACAUGUCAGUCCUAAUUACUCGAUGUUAGUGCUGUUGCAAUAUACUUGUUUUGACUAUUGAAACUGCUGUAAAAUGGAAGAGAGAUGAUGAAGAAAAAGAAGAAGAAAAAGAAGCAGAUGCUAGUGAGAUAGCUGUUGCAGGCCUCUGAGAGACGAUCAUGCACUUCUUAAAAACUGAAAGUCAAAGAUUUGUUGCGAAUCUAAAAAUAAUAGUACAACUUGUGCCUUUCUGGGAACCUGAAUAAUUAAUCAUCUAUACUUUAAAACUUUUUUUUUUACUGUUUUAUUCAAUUUUGUCAAAAUAGAAGCAUAGUUUAUCAAUGUGAGAAAUAAAACAACCUACACAAGGCAGUGAAAAAAAGUCAAAUAAAAGCAUGACUAAUAGCAUCAUUAGAAAUGGACAAUGACAUAUAAGUUAACUGCAUCCAUUAGUUUACGAGUUUAUGAACUGAUGUGCCGCCCCCGCCCUUAAAUUGCCUUUCCAUUUCAUUUUAACUAAUUAUGUUAUUUUAUUUUCAAGUUGUACAUUUAACAUCUUAUUACGAUUUUUAAAGUUUAUCAUGAGGUGAAAAUCUGAUAUCAUGACAGCCCCUUUCUGAGUGUCCUUUUUCCUGAUUCAUGUCCCUCUCAGGCUCGAAGAUCCCAGGUUCAGCUGUGCUCGUAUUUGACGUGCACAUCAUCGACUUCCACAACCCGUCAGACAACACUGAGAUCCUCGUCACUUACAAGCCAGAGGCAUGUGAUAAGCAAACUAAGAAGGGCGACUUUAUCAAAUACCACUACAAUGCCUCUCUGAUGGACGGCACAUCCAUCGACUCCACGUGAGUGAACGCUUCAAAAUGAGUCACUGAUGUUCAUCGACUUGGUUUAGCGUGUUAAAAUUUGCUAAGAGACACAGAAGACAGGAGUAAGGACAAUGACAGCGCGUUUCUGUUCUAAGUAUGUGGCUAAAAUGGGUGAUUUUCCUGCUGUUAGAGUCUGUAUUAGUUAGACUGCACAGAUUUUGGCCUAAUCAAAAGGCAGAACAGGAGUGACGGUCAGAGAUAGGCGAUAUUUUUGAGAUGGAAGAAUGCAGUCCGGGUCAUGUGAUGAACAUGCUGUUGAAAUGUAAGGGUGGUGUCAAAGAUUACUCCAAGGUUACAGAUGCUGGAUGAUGGAGUGAGGGUAAAAUGAUCAAAAGUGAGGCAGAGGUUCUGAGUGAUUUCGGGCCAAUGACUUUAAAGUCUGAUUUACUGGAGUUCAGUUGAAGGAAGUCAGUUUGCAUCCAUUAAUUUAUUUUAGUGAGGCAGGUGGAGAGUGUAGACCAGGUAGUCGGAUGUUGGGUCUAAAACCUGCAACAAAUGACUCAAACACAAAGAAGAGAAAGACAAUGGUAUUAGAUUUAUAAUACGGACAGAACGGACAGAGAUACGUUCAAUUACAAUCAGCUACCGCUUGAAAGUGUAUCUUGUUGUCUCCUCUUUUUUUAUUAUCCUUAGGGUGGUCCCUAGUUACAUGAUGCUGCAUACACUAAAGGGUGGGGAAUCAAUCUGCAGCAGCGUAUUCACUUUCAUAACACAUAAUUAUACCAGAGUAAGCAUGUGCAGACUUCUUCUGUAGAUGUCAAGAUGACCGCUGACAUUUCACAGUCUCCUUUGUGGUGGUUAACUGUUCACAGCGGAGACAGGUACCCAUCUGCUUAUCUGCUUACUGGAAGAAAGCAAGCUCAGAGAUGUACGAUGUAGAUGUCUGCUCAUGUGUUGCAAAGCAAAAGCUGAAGGCAGUUCAUAUUGAGUAAAGCUACUGAUAAUUUCUAUAAACUUUUAUACACAUUACUCUAACAUCGGAGUUAUAGAUUUGGCAAAGAUGUAGAUCUGGGCGUCUUCAGCGUAACAGUAAAAGUGAAGUCUGUGUUUCCAAAUGAUAUUGUCAAGGGGGAGCAUGUAGAGGAGGAGGAAUCAUUGUUAUCCACAAGAAAACAGACACAUGAAUAUGACCGGGAAGCUAGACAGUCACCAUGUGCUUUGUGCUUGACCAUCACCGUACACGAAAACAAUAAAACAGGACUCCUAUUUACAAGGCCAGAAUAAAUGUAUGUCUAGGCACUUUCUGGGAUACCGUUAUGUACGAGACGUAGCAUUUUUAGUACUUUAGGGAAAAGUCUUGACCUUAGGGGAUCCAGAAUGACACUGUCAGAUAAAUUCUACUCCAUCUGACUUGCAAUCAGCUUUGAAGAAUGACAGAGAGUGUAGUCUUUGUCUUUAGGUCUUUUACUUGAAGGAGUCAGCAGCUUACAACAAAGGCAACGUCUUCUGACUGAGGGGUUUACAUCUUUACACAUCAUUUAUGCAGUCUAGUGGCAUGUCUCAAUUCUCUGGGUGAUGUCUGCUGAAGCUGUCCUUUAGGAGGUCCUGGCCUCUGCUAAGACUCUAUUCUAGACACCGUUAGCUUUGUUCUAGCUGGCUUGGUUGAGUCUGUUGAGUCUUCGAUGAAGAAUAGCAAUCACUAUUGAUAUAAUUAUGUUAACUCAACUUUGUAUUAUUAUCAUUAGUGUAUGUUUGUGUUCUGAAUUUCUUUUCCUUUUAUUUUGAUUACACUUUAAUUUGUACUCUCAUAUAGUCAUAACUAUGAUGACUCUAAUUUCAUUCCAAUGUUUAUUUAUACUAUUUGUGUGUCUUUCAGCACUACUGUCUAUGUAAAAGAUGAGCAAAAACCAUUAACCUUAUUUGCACUUUUUAAUUUAAAAAGAAAUACCAUCAUAAAAAAAAAGGAUGGCAAUCAGAUUCAAAUCAGGAGAUGAGUCUGUCCAAGUUGCAUCCAAGGUACUUUAUUCAGCAUGUAAAUGAACAAAGUCAGUGAGAAUGAACUCUGCAGAAUCCAGACUGAGGUAACAAAGAAAAUCCCUUUCUUAUAUAGCAUUUCACAGUAGGCAUUCACUUCUUAGUAUAGUACCAACCCUUUUCCUUCUGUAAGUUCUAAAACCCUUGUUUCUAAUGCUGUCUGGGCAAGACUGAUGUUGUGUCUCAGGGACUCAUAACAACACAUCAUGUGAUUUUAUAAUAGCUGGGCAUGGGUUGUCCAAGAGAAGAUAUAGAACUUCAUCAAAAAAUGAUUCCACCCAAGACCCCCGCCCACUUAGCAUCUUACUAGUGGCAAACAUUCCACCAACACCCAAAAAUGGAAAGGGUUACAGUUAUGGUUCAUAGCAGCUCUGCUGUAUGUAUAUGUGGGCAUACAACAGUCAUAAGGUAAAAGGUUACAGCUGUGUCAACGUUUCCACUUCUUCUUUCACAUGUGCCUUCUCUGAGAGAAGCAGAUAUAAUUUUGCAAGCAUUAAUACAAAAUGAUUUCAGUAAAUGAUAAUAACAUACAUAUUUAAUUUUUCUUUCAGACACCAUUAAAAACCCAGAGUUUGUAACUUGAAUAUAAAAAAAGGGGCUGACCCAUGGUCAUACGAGUGAGUGAACAUCAACCAAAGUGUGCUAUAAAAGAAGUGGAUUUCAUUGUGACCUCAGUGUGAACUCUGCAAAGUCUUGCUUAUUAACUUUGUUCACUUGCAUGUUGAAUAAAGUUCUUUGGAUGCAAGACAUGUCUCCUGAUUUGAAUUUGCAAGCUCUGUUCAAGAAGAUUCAAUGCUAAAAAUAAUUGAGAGGAACAGGGCUAAAACAACAGAAUUCACUACAGCAGGGGACAUCUUAAGCCUGACAGCAUCACUAAGAAAUGGAGACAUGUCAUUAGGAGUGGAGGAAAAGUAGUUAUUGAAAUGGAUUAAUGAUGUUUCAGAGAAUACAGCAACAAGCAAUGCAUCAUCACAUCUCAUAGAGUGAUCUGUGUGUGUUAAGUGGGCGAUGAGUGUACUUCCUCUUUGCACCCUGAGCUUUUGCUGCAUGCUUUGUAAAUGAAUCUGCAAGGCUGAAACAGCUGGAGAUCUGUCUCUGCUUUAUGAUUGGGUUUCGAUGAAUUUUGUUUGCACCACUCUGGCUCUGUUGAAUGCAUGACUCUUCCUCUGUUUUUCUAAACCCUGUAAACUUAAAGUACAAACUCUAAAUGCAUGCAUGAAAGUACUGGUUACAUUAAAAUUCUGACCUGAAGGUGAAACCCUUUCUAACAGCAGAAGAUCCAAGCUCUGAGGGCCAAACUUCUAUAAUCUACAAUUGACAACAAACCUGUUGAAAUGUUUCUAGAUUGAUUGAAGUAAAUAACAGUCUCUGAGAGACAGAGGAAGAAUGUAGGGUUGACCAGGGUUAUUGACAUUUAUCCUCUGGGGACCAUGAGGAAGUUUGAUUUUUAUUUCCUCACAGGAAACUUCAAUGUCUCGCCUCUUUCAGGCCUGCUUUACAUAUCGCUCUCUCUGCAGGUGCACUCUCUCUAUGUCGCAAUUUCCCCGGAUUUCUUUUUCAACAACUUAUUGUCUGGUUUGUGUGAAGAGAUUUAAUGCAUUUUUGAUAUAAGUGAACUUUUAAUUCAAAAACUGGCAAAAAACAAAAACAAACAACAAAACCCCCCAAACAAACAAAUUGUAAAAUACAACUAUAAAAGUGUGGAAGAUGGUCUCAAAAAUGUGAAAGCAAGAAAAUCCACCCUGUCAUGCUCCAAAUUAAGAGAUAAUGCUGUCCUUGGGGGCGGGAAAUGUAACUCAAAAGAAACUUGAAGAUCAAACGCAAUACGUGUGUUUGUUUUGGAAUAAUACACACAUAUCUUAUAUGUUCCUUUUUUUAUAGGUACAAUUAUGGAAAAACGUACAACAUUGUCCUGGGAACAAACCAGGUGGUGCCAGGGAUGGAGGACGGGCUGAAGGAGAUGUGUGUGGGAGAGAGGAGGCAUGUAGUCAUCCCUCCUCACUUAGGCUAUGGGGAGAGAGGAGUCAGUAAGUCACACACUCAAGCACGCACGCACACACACACACACUCACACACACACACACACACACACACACAUAAACACAAACACACACAAACACAAACAAGAGGUAAUGGUAUUUCUUUCUCAGCCUUUUUGGACUUGAAGAGAAGGAUAAAAUUUGAUUCUCCACACUGAACGUUCUUACGGUUCGCUCCAUAUCACUAACUCUGUCUCUCUCUGUCUGUAGCCGGUGAAGUCCCCGGGAGCGCUGUGAUGGUGUUUGACAUUGAGCUGGUAGAAAUGGAGGAGGGGCUUCCCGAUGGUUACAUGUUCAUCUGGAACGAAGACGUAUCACCUGACCUCUUCGCUGAGAUGGACAAGGAUGAGAACAAGCAAGUGGAGCCCUCUGAGGUACGUGAAAACCUAAAUGUAGGAGUUCCUCUGCAUACACCCAUGAUUGUGGGCCUAAUGAAAGAUGGAUGGUAUAUUUCUGCUUCCUCUUGUUGGGCAAAAAUGAAGCCAAAAUACCUCCUGUAGCAGGUAUUGAUUUAUUGCAAACAAUCAGAGGAACUGGGGAAGCAUGUAACUGAAACCAUCACAAUAGAUAUAGGUUUGCUAACUGUACUGUGACCAGCCAGCAGGGGGAGCUCUACAUGUUUUGGCUUUAUAUUGAGGAGGCUGUGCUCUAUCCAUAAUCCAUCUACUCCCAUUCUCUGUUUCCACAGUUUACCGACUACAUCUUGCGUCAGGUAAACGAGGGAAAAGGACGCCUGGCCCCCGGCUUCGAUCCUUACCGCAUUAUUGAAAACAUGUUCUCCAAUCAGGACCGUAAUGGAGACGGAAAGAUCACAGAGGUGGAGUUCAAACUUAAGGCGGAUGAAGCAGCCGCUCAUGAUGAACUAUAACACUGAGUGGAAAACUCAGAUGGAGGUGUAGGCUGAGGGCUCGAAUAAAGGGGGAGGGUUUUAACACAUGUGGGUGGUAGAGCUAAAGAAGAUGGUGUUGUAUGUUUCAAGUAGAGAGUGAAAACGUGCAGUUUUUUUUUUUUUUUACAUUUAAGAUGUAGAUGAUGGUUGAAGGGCGUCUUGUCCUGUAAGGGCCAAAAGAGUCUGAAAAAUGAGACAAAAGAGAUUUUUGUAAGGGCUAAAAGAUGAAAAAGGAAGGCACUCAUUUAAGGACUCUGAUGACAGCGAAUGACUUUUAUUUUUACCUCCUUUCUUGUCAUGUGCUUGUCUUGUUUUAUGUGAUUUUUUAUUUUAUUUUGAAGGGUUUGAAAGCACUCCUGUGUGAGAAAACAAAAGUGUUCCUUCAGUUGGUAAAAAGGUUGUUUCCCUAUAACCUUAAGGGGUACUCUUGCAUUUUAAUUUUCCAAACACCUUACACCCUUUCUCCACGUGGUCAUUGAUGGGAAGAAGAGAAGAAGAGGAUUCAGAAGAGCUCUCAGUUGAAGCUCUAUUUUAUUGAUGACAGUGAGUCAAAAAUGUGCAACAGACAUCUCUGGGUUCAGAAUUAGCUCGUCCUAGCAAACAGACAGCUCAGAGGUCAGCCUAGAACACCCCGGCUAACUUUCCCUUGAAUCCUUUAUAGUCAAAGAUUUGCCUAUCUAGACAGAGAAUACGCUACACUUGGUAUUGUCUUUGCGUGUCGGCUGGUUCCUCGUUCUUCUUCACCUCUCACACAGAUGGGUCCUGCUGUUUACCUAAUAAGGAGUUGUUUUGGUGCAUUCUACACUCAUAACACACAUUCAUACCUGCAAAAACACUGUUAGCUAUUGCUGGGCAAAUAAUCUCAGCAGGCUUGUCAGAGACGUACAUAACUAACACCUCCCCCAAGUUCCACUUUCCACCUUUUUUAGGUGUUUCAACCGCAGAGCACCCUCUGUUUGCAUACUUCCUGUUUCAUAACCCCGCUCAAGAUCUUUAUUCAGUACAAGACACCUAAUUUACCAACUAUCAAGAAAAGCCAAAGCUAAAACCUUCAUACUAUGGAUACUGUUCUUCUCCUCUAUACAGCGGGAUCUAUAGCCUCUCUGGAGCUUUUAUCCUUCUUCCAGUUAUCCAUCAAUACAUGACUGCAAUGAGCACAAUUGUUAAUUCUUUAUGCAACUCCCAUCAAACUGUUUCCAUAUUUAAAAUGUAACCUAACACUCCCUUUAUCACUCAUUCCUGUUUUUGUCCACUCCUUUUUAAAGUUUUAUGGCUGCAUUUGUUUUCUUGUCAGGGGUGUCUGUCUUUCAGGAGCAGCACAUCAGUCGGCCCACACUGUAAGAAACUGUGAUGGAGGUCUUUUUUUUUAUGCAGUUGCACCUCCAAAGUUUACAGCCAGCAGGAUUCGUCCCUGCUACUCCAACACUGCAGGGUCACAUUUCCUGGACAGUUGUCAGGGAUUCCUCGUCUUUUACUCUACUUUUGUCCAACAAGAUUUUCCACAGUUUGUUGCUGUCUUCACAUGUCAGAACCUGGUUGCAGUGUGAGUCUUUGUGUGUGCAUGCGUUUUUAUGUGAGUGAAAGAGAGACAAAAAAGAGUGUCUGAGUGUUUUAGUUCUUCAGUCUGGAGAAUACUGAGGCUUCAUGAUUAUAACAUUUGAAUAAAUGACCUGGCCUAAAUGUAA